ACGUGGCGCUGACAAGGCCCGCGGCUCAAGUAGGGUUUUUUCCCCCGAUCUCUUUUUGGAAGCUUCUUUCUUCUUCUUCUUCGUCUCCGGGAUGAUUCUCGUCGCGAUCUGCAGCGCGCGGGCGUGAUCUCGCAAUGCGUAAUGGCAUGGCGUUCAAAUCCAGCCUCAAGACAGUGGCAGUGCUGGGCAUGGCGCUGUCCAUGAUUUCCCUGGCCGCCCACUUCUUCGCGGCGCGCUACUACACCUGGGCCAGGGCCGCGGAUGAGCUCCAGCAGCCGGGCGGCGUCCACCCAGCGCCCAUUCUCGCCACCAGAGGAUUUCUCCACGCCGAAAUCCGGGGAGACUUCCACGAGAUUAGGUCUUCAAUUUGCGAUCUCAUCGUGGUGGCCAGGCUUUUGAAUGUCACUCUUGUUGUUCCAAAGCUCCGGGAAGUCGUUGCCAAGCAAAUAAGUUCCAAGUUUAGAGGAUUCGACUACCUGUAUGAUGAGCAGCACUUCGUUUCGGUGCUUUCGAACGACGUGCCCGUUGUCACUCGGCUUCCGAAAAGAUUGCGGCAGAAAACGAAGAAUCAGAGCUAUCUUGUGGUGUCGAGCACCACUUCUGUGGAUUUUUACGUUCAAGAUGUUCUUCCCGAGAUUGAAAAGGAGGGUGUUGUCGGGCUCUCGGUUUCCGGUGGAGGUUGUCUCCAGAGCUUGCUCGGCACGGACUUGGAGCACUAUCAGAGAUUGCGCUGCCGCGUUGCUUUCCACGCUUUGAAGUUCCGGCAGGAGAUAGAGGAGCUCAGCACAAAAAUGCUGGCCAGAUUGAAAACUGCUGGAAAGCCAUUCAUGGCUUUGCACCUUGGGUUGGAACGAGAUACGCUGGCAUAUCAUGGCUGUGCAGAGCGGUUCCAGGAUGUUCACACGGAAUUAAUUCAAUACAGAAGAGCCAAGAUGAUAAAAAAUGGUAUUGUGCGUGGGGAGCUUAACGUCGAUUCGGAGAUGCAGUGGCUAAAUGGCUCCUGUCCUCUGAUGCCAGACGAGGUUGGCGUUCUCCUUCGAUCCUUAGGAUAUAAGCAAACUUCACGCAUUUACAUCUCAGGUGUCGAAGUUUUUGGUGGCCAGCGAAUACUUCUCCCACUCCGCAGCAUGUAUCCUAAUCUCGAGGACAGGACAACGCUCACGACCGCGAGAGAGCGCUUCACAGUCUACGGCGAGGAGCCAGACUUUCCACCGCCUCCGCCAUUCAUCCUGCCAAAGAUCAACGAGAAGGCGAGGCUGGCAGCCUGGGAAAAAGCCGGGCCGAGGCCGAGGCCAUUGCCACCACCCGCAGGGAGGCCAAAGUACUCGCAUGAGUUGGAAGGAUGGUGGGGCUGGAUCGGGGAAUCCGAUACGGAGCCAGCACCAGCGCUCAAGGAUAUGAGGAUCCGCAGCCAUAAGCUGCUGUGGCAGGCACUCGACUAUAUUAUUUGCACACAGGCUGAUGCUUUUUUCAGUGCGUUCGAUGAGGACAAGAGUGGUCAUCCAAACUUCGCCAGCCUCGUGAUGGGACACCGUGUAUAUGCUGGAGCAUCCCGAAGAACUUAUCGGCCGGAGAGGAAGCCACUGGCGAAGCUGUUGAUGCAAGUCCGGGAUCAUAUGUAUGAUCCCGGUCGCGAGUGGAUGGCCGCCGCGAGAAACUCGAUACUCAAGUCGUCCGGAGAGGAGGGGAUUGCCGCAGCUUCCUCCAGCGUGAGGCCGCUCUCGUUUUUGUCCCACCCUCUUCCGGAGUGCGUGUGCUCGAGGAACCAGAGCCAGAGCGAGGCCGAGGCGCCGGGGAGAUGCCCCGAGUGGAGCAGGAGAAGCGGCCUCGCAGGUUUCGGUGACACAGAAGAACAGGACAUGGAUUUCAUGGACAGUGUAGAGGAGGAGGAGCUUCCUCUCAACUCCACUGCGGCAGCAGCAGUCGAUCGCCUGGCGGUGGUGGACUCUGCCGAGCGAUCGCCGUCCGAGGACGCCUUCAUGGCGGAGGUGGACGAGGACAACGAUCCAAACGAUUGAGCGCUUUCGGAAGAGGAUCGAAUUGCCAAAGUUGAUGGAGGCGAGCGAGCGAAGAACGACGAGUUCUUUCUUACACAUUGUGAGAAGAGGAGGUGACGCAACACAGGCAAAAGUGAGAGACUUGUUGUUGUAACGCUAUAUACAGGCGGGCACUGUUUUGCUUCCCAAGUGCUCUAUGUUGUAGCUAACGAAGCCUUUUUUGUUUUCCUC